AUGUCGAGGAAGACGACGACGACCGAGGCAGGUGGAGCUUUUCGCGGCGCGAGCGGCUACGUGAAGCAGACCACGGAGCAGCCCUUCUUCCCCUAUGGCUGCCCCUACUGCAAGAGGGAGAACGUGACCAGCAAGCCGGGCAACAGCUGCGGCCGCCAGGAGUGUAACGAGAAGUGGAAGAAGGACCACCAGGGCAUCGGCGACGCCAUCGCUCGUCGCUUCAAGUGA